AUGGUUCAUCACAGAGAGGAGGACCUGAUUGGAAUCCCUUUCCCGAAUCACAGCAGUGAUGUCCUCUGCAGCCUCAACGAGCAGCGUCGUGACGGGCUGCUCUGCGAUGUCAUCCUCAUCGUCCGUGACCAGGAGUACCGCACCCACCGCUCCGUUCUGGCCGCCUGCAGCCAGUACUUCAAGAAGCUGUUCACAGUGGCCACCACUGAUGCCAGAGAUCACCAUCCCACAGCGGCUGUGUACGAAAUCGACUUUGUGGCGCCGGAGUGUCUCACAGCCAUCCUGGAGUUCGCCUAUACUUCUACUCUGACGGUGACGGCGUCCAACGUUAAAGAGAUCCUGAAUGCGGCUCAGAUGUUGGAGAUUCCCUGCAUCAUCAACGUUUGCCUGGAGAUCAUGGACAGCGGGGGUGGAGGGGGCGGAGGCGGGGGAAGGCGAGUGGUGGAGGGAGAAGAGGAUGAGGAGGAAGAGGAGGAUGCGGAGGAAGACGAGGAGGAGGAAGAGGAGGAGGAGGACGAAGAGGAGGACGCGGGGUCGAGGAAGGAUGAGCAGGAAGAAGAGGAGGACAACGUCAGCGAGAGGUCACUGCAGUCGUCAGAGAGCAGGGGGGAGCAGACGCCUUCGGGGACGGACGAUUUGCCGCCUCCGAGCACCUCCACAUUCCAUCAGCAGUUUGACCUGCGCAGGGAGUCGUCCCAGUCACAGUCUCCAGACAACAUGAGAGGAAAACAGGAGAGUAUGGAGAGUCGAGCUCUGAAGGAUUUCUCCAUCGAGUCUCUCCUCCAGGAAGGGCUGUAUCCCCGUAUGUCAACACUGGAUCGGAGGACCAACUUUUCUCCUCUCCUCCCAGGUUUCUACCCCUCCAUGUGGGCUGCUGAGUUCCCGGCCUUCACCCAGCAGCUCCUGGAUCCCAGCCACCAUCAGCAUCCCCAUGCAGGAGCCUCACCGCAAACCAGGCUCCCCCACGCCUUCUCCACCUCUGCCCCACUUGAGGCCUCCAGGCCUCUUGAUCUAGCUGUGAAAAGAGAGAUCAUAAAGGAGGAGAUGAAAGAGGAAGUCCCACCCAGUCUGCUCCACGGUGACUUCCUGAAAGAGUUUGUCAGCUCGGGCCUUGGCAGCACCAUGAACGCUGGGUCAGUGCCGUCAGAAAGUCACGCUCUGGGUCAGAUUAAGGACGAAGCUGACUUCCGGUCGUACCUGAGCUUCUUGAGCUCCGCUUCCCACCUCGGGGCGCUCUUCCCUCCCUGGCAGCUGGAGGAGGAGAGGAAGAUGAAGCCUAAAGCGUCACAGCAGUGUCCCAUCUGCAACAAGGUGAUCCAAGGAGCUGGGAAACUGCCUCGACACAUGAGGACGCAUACAGGGGAGAAACCGUACAUGUGCACCAUCUGUGAAGUACGAUUCACCAGACAAGACAAACUCAAGAUCCACAUGAGGAAGCACACGGGUGAGCGCCCGUACAUCUGCCUCCACUGCAACUCCAAGUUUGUCCACAACUAUGACCUGAAGAACCACCUGCGAAUCCACACGGGCGUCCGUCCAUACCAGUGCGAGCACUGCUACAAAAGUUUCACACGGUCUGACCACCUACAUCGACACAUCAAGAGGCAGAGCUGCCGAAUCUCCCGCCCCCGGCGAGGACGAAAGCCAGCUGCCUGGCGGUCCACACCCACCAGCAACUUCCUGUGCCCCCCCACUGCUGCCACCAACAGGUUUGAGGAGAACGGGUUAAGCCCUGCCUACCAGGGAGUCAAGAGUCACGGACUUGGGGAGAUGCUCGGCCUCAGCAAUAGAGGUCUGGGAUUUAAGAGUGUGGAUGGUGCGGGCAGGGAGAGCAGGGAGGAACGGCGAGCAGAGGGGAAGCAACGCGCAGAGGAGGAGAAGACAGGAGAAGGGAGGCAGAGGGGAGUGUUUGCCUUUGCUCUGGCUGGAGAAGAAGUGCUUACCCGCUCUCCAUUUUAUGCUGCGACCUCUGACCCCUGGACCAUGAGACUGGAGCGCGCUCCACCCAUCUCUGAGCCGGCCAAAUGAACUCCGGUCUGUAAAGGAAGACAAAAGACAAGAAAGAAUAUCUCUUUAAUCUCUGUGUCUGUUCUGCUCCAGGAAGCUAAAGCACCUUUAUAAAAAAAAAAGAAGUGAAAGAGUGAGAUCAGUAAACCUUUUGAAGCCUGCUGAUGUGGCAGUGGUAACAAAGACUUUUUUUAUUUUUAUUUUUUGGAAAUUUAAAUAAUUUCACAGAUGUCAUGCUAAAUAAUUGUUUCAGCCCUGUGGAUGUUUACAAAUACUUUCAUAGCAUUUAAAAAGAGGCAAAAAGUUUGACACCGCCAAUGAGGAAAACAUAUCAGGAAACUUAUCUUAUUUGCAUUAUUUAUCUACAAGGUUGUCUAAACCGAGAGGCAAUCAAUUCAAAAACUACCACAUUUCUACAAUGUCCUCUGAAGCAAGAUAAGAUGAGGCUUUUAUAGUGAAAGUAUUCACAUGCAAGAAAAUGUAAUGCUACACCAAGAGCAGAAUCUGUUGUAAUAUGAAUUGGUGAUGGUAAAUGUCAAACAAAAGAUUACAUGUGCAAACAUAUUCAAACACAUAAUGUAGAAAAAGGUUUUUAUAAAUGAAAUAUUUCUCUCUCGUAAUGAAGUAGGGAAGUGGAGUAGACGUAAAUAAAUAAAAUAACAUUUUAUUCAAUAAAUAAGCCUUUGUCCAAACAACUCCCAGUGACUUUUAUUUUGGAUAGCUGUGUCUAGGUGUUAAGAAGGGAUCAGUGUUGUUGAAAAAGCAUUAAAAAUGAUUUGAUUACAGCAGCGUGUAGUCUGGCACAUGUCCUGCAAGUACAUUUGAUUCCAACAUGGUUAUUUAAUCAUAUUCCAAAACAAAGGAAACCCACUUGAAGUCUAACAAAUCAGGAUAUUUGAUACCACGUUAUUAUUCUUCCACUGCCUUGUUCUGAUUUAAGUUCCUUGUCUGCACUAUUGUACAUAGACACAAACUUUUGGCCAUGGUGGUGUUAAUUACGGUCGCAUU